AUGGCGGCGGUCCUGGAUGCGAUGGUAUCCUUUGUGAUAGACACGCUGAUAAAGAUGGCAGCUGAUGAAGUGGCCAUGUUGUAUGGGGUUCCCGAUGAGAUGAACAAGCUGGAGGGAAAACUGCAGGACCUCAAGGCAGUGCUCGCUGACGCGGAGAGGAGACGCAUAACAGAGAAGGCCGUGCAGUGGUGGGUGCUGAUGCUGAAGGAUGUUAUGUACGAGGCAACUGACAUCCUUGACAUCUGUAUUAUUCAGGCUGAGGAGGGGCAGGAGUCCACCAUGUGUGCAGAAUCGAGGUGCUUCAAUCCCAUAUCAUUCUGCAUGCGGAAUCCUGUCUUCACCCAUGACAUUGGAACCCGCAUCAAGGAUCUCAACAAGAAGCUUGACAGCAUCUGCGAAAGCGGUGCUAAGUUCAACUUCAUUAGAAUGGAGCAGAAUAACCAGCAGGACAGGGGGAUGCUUACUCAUCCUGCCGGCAGUAAGACUUCGCCGGUGAUUGAGCGAUCGAGCUUGGUUGGGAAGAAAAUCGAAGAGGAUACAGUUGAUCUGGUGAAUAUGCUGACAGGCGAAUGGUGGAGCAAUCAUCCAGAUGAUUACAUUGUGGUUGCCAUUUCUGGCCCUGGGGGCAUCGGCAAAACCGCAUUGGCCCAGAAUAUUUACAACCAUCAAACCAUCAAAGACAAAUUCAGCAUAAGGAUGUGGUUGAGUAUCACUCAGGCCUGCACUGAAACCGAACUUUUGAGGGAGGCCAUCCAUCAUGCUGAAGGACGAGAUUGCCAUGAUGAUGGGAAGUCUCGGCUUGAGUCAACACUUGCAGACACAAUCAGGGACAAGAAAAUCUUUGUGGUACUAGAUGAUAUGUGGACUGCAGCAAAGUGGAACGAUGUGCUCAAGGCAUCCUUCAGUUACGUUGCUCGUGGAAGCCGAGUCCUUGUCACAACGAGAGAUGAUCGAGUCGCCCGUUCGAUGAAGGCUCAGUACCUCCACCAUGUUAACUACUUGGGGCCUCAAGACGCGUGGACCUUGCUCAAAAAAGAGGUCAUAGCAACGGAGAGAGAUCAGCUUGAAAUAGAUACUCUGAAGGAUAUAGGAUCGAACAUCCUUGGCAGAUGCGGUGGUUUACCUCUUGCUAUCAAAGUGAUAGGAGGACUAUUGCGACAAAGGUCUAUAAACAUAGUUGAGUGGGAGAGGGUUUUAGAUAAUCCUGCAUGGUCUAUUGAUGGAAUGCCCGAAGAGCUAAACCAUGCACUAUACCUGAGUUAUGAUGAUCUACCUCCUCAUUUGAAGCAAUGCUUGAUUUACUACUCACUUAUCCCACAAAAAACAAACAUUAGUCCUGAUCAACUGAUUGAAAUGUGGAUUAGUGAAGGAUUGGUGAGCAGUAGACACUCAGAUGACCUGGAACAGAUAGGAAGAGAUUACAACAAAGAGUUGAUCAUGAGGAACCUUAUACAACCAUAUAAGGAAUGCAUUGGCCAUUCACAUUACGUAAUGCAUGAUGUUGUUCGCUCAUUUUGCCAGUAUAUGGUUAGACAUGAAGCACUGGUGGCUCGUAUGGGGGAAGGUGGUAUUGGUAGCAGUCUUCUUUCACACAAGUUUCGUUUUCUGUCUAUUGGAGUGGAGUCAGGUUCAGAUGAACUGGAGUGGAGCGUUCUACAAACUCAGAGUUCGUUGAGAACAUUAAUAUCUUGUUGCCCUAUCAGGUUUAAGCAUAAUGAUUCUUUGAGUAGAUUAUCCAGACUACGCACAAUACAUUUAGAGAAUGCAGAUUUUAUUCCAUUAUUAGCAGACCAUCUGGGAGAACUGAAGCUCUUAAGGUACUUGACCAUAGAAAGUACUCAAAUAUCUAGUCUACCAGAAACAAUUGGCCAAUUGAAGUUUUUGCAGCAUAUUGGCCUUAGUGGUUGUGAGAAAAUGGUACGACUUCCUAAUGGCAUUGUAAAGUUAAAGCAGCUGCGGUCUGUUUAUCUCGGUGAAGCGGUAAAUAUUAUACCAAAGAAAUUUGGUGAGCUGACAAACUUGAGGAAAAUACUGAACUUUCCAGCCAACAUGGAUGGUGGUGCAAAUGGUUGGUGUACUUUGGAAGAGCUAGGUCCUCUUUCUCAGCUUAGGGAUCUUUCACUGAAGGGAUUGGAGAAUGUACAUCCCAGCUCCUUAGCUGCAAAGGCCAUGCUACGUAGCAAGAAGCACCUUGGCCGCUUGGCCUUGAAGUGCAGCAGUAUAAUAGAAGAUGAUGGCGGGUCAGUCAAAAGAGUUGUCACAGAGGAGGAGGAGCGGCACAUUGAGGAGGUAUUUGCUGAGCUUUGUCCUCCAGGUUGCAUAAAUCAUUUGACCAUUGAUGGAUAUUUUGGGCGUCGACUUCCAGAAUGGGUUAUGUCAAUGACAGGAGUGUCUCUGGAGAGGCUGCGGAUUUUGGAACUGUCGAAUCUUGCUCUUUGUACCCAGCUCCCCAAUGGCUUGUGUCAGCUUCCCUGUUUAGAGAUAUUGAUUGUUCUUCAUGCUCCAGCCAUCAAGCAUGUUGGCCCAGAAUUGAUGCGCCACACCCACAAGCACAAUAAUAAGCCCCAUUCCCGUGUGUCGGUAUCAUUCCCAAGUUUGAAAAAAUUGAUCUUCAUCGAAAUGGUUCGCUGGGAGGAGUGGGAGUGGGAGUGCGAGGAGCUGCUUGAAGCCAUGCCAGUCUUGUUGGAACUCACACUCAACAAAUGCAGAUCAUUGACACAACUUCCACCUGGCCUUUCCUUCUACGCAAGGGCGCUCAAGAUGUUGAACCUUCGAGAUGUUCAUUGCCUUUACUAUCUGGAAAACCUUCCUUGUGUCGUUGAACUUAGCCUGAAGUGCUGCCACAGUCUGAAGAGAAUCACCAACCUCCCAAGUUUGCAGAAGCUUGACAUCAGUUGCUGCUCACAAAUGUAUGUCUUACAGGCUGUCCCAGCACUUAGGUACCUUAAUCUGCAGAGUUCCGACAUGGAAAGACUCCCAACGUACCUGCGGGGUCUCAACCUCACCCAUUUGUACCUGUGCUGUGACCUACCGCUGCUCUGUUCAAUGGCUUUGGGAAAAUCCACCUACGACUGGAGUAAGUUCUGCCAUAUCCGUCGUGUGGAGGCCCAUACCCAUAAUGGUCCAAAUGGAAUUUUCACAGUCACGUAUACAAGGGAUCCUCGCUACCUGGAGACCAAUAUCAGCAGCGCCCUCUUCAAUCUGCUGGGGUAA